UUAAAAUUAAAAUUAAAAAUUCCACGCCACGGGAAUUUCCGUCACAGUUUUAUCGAUUCUUUUCUUUGUUUUCUUAGGCUUUCAGUCUCUUUUUAUCGGAAAGCUGGUUUUUCUCUCAGAUCCCUACCAUCAUCAUCACCAUCACAGGCACAGCUUUUUAUACAUCUCUCUCUGUCUCAGGCCUUGUGAUUUUGAGAGCUUUAACUUUUUGGGUCCGUAGUGUAGCAGAGAAAGGGGGAGGAUUUUGAACGCAAAACCCGAUUCAUCAAUCAUAUCCAAUCUUAUGUAAAUAUUUAGCUGACAAAGGAAUCGCAAAAACAAUUUUUAAUGUAAAGGUUACAUUGAUUACUUUGAAAAGUUCGAGUGGAAGAAUCAAAAGAUUCGAACCAAAGAGAAAAGGGAAAAAGAAAAGGCAAAUCAAAGCAUGUGUGCCCCAGAAAGUGCUUUCAUUUCUGUCAAAAAAUAUUAGCUUUUGCUUCAGGAAGACAAGGAAGUUGCAAAUUAUAUAAAUAUUUACACAUACAGAAAUCUAUAUAUACGUCUGAAAGAUGGGUUCUUUCAAGGGUCAUGCUUUACCUGGAACAUUGUUUCUUGUAGUUGGGGUAUGGCAUAUAUGGAGCGCUCUGGUUAGAUAUGCAUCCAACCCCAAGUCCUUUCGAGUUCGGGUAUGGAGUCCAGUUCCUGGUUUCGAUGGGAAGCUCAAGUAUUUGGAGCUCUAUAUUAUAGCAGUUGGUGCAUUCAUAGACAUGUGUAUUGAGCUUCUUUACUCAACCCACCUCAAGUUUUUUGUUGAUGGGGUUUUGAACCCUUCCCACAUGAACGAUUUUGAGCACUCGGGGAUGCUUCUCAUGUUCUUUGUCUUUGGCUCCAUUGCUUUGCUCUCAGAGAAGACAAGGUUUCUUCCCCUGCCAGAAGAAGCUCUUUGUUUGAUCGCUGCCACAGCAUUCUGUGCAGAAUAUCUCCUAUUCUAUUUCCAUUCAACAACCCAUAAAGGUCUGGAAGGGUAUUACCACCUCCUCCUUGUUCUCUUAGUAGGCCUAUGCAUACUAUGCACCAUCUGUGGAGCACUCCUUCCGACUAGCUUCCCAGUUGAUUUGUGCUGUGGCAUUGCCAUUACUCUCCAAGGCCUAUGGUUUUAUCAGACUGCCUUCACUCUAUACGGCCCAAUGAUGCCAGACGGUUGUCAGCUCAAGGAUAGCAAAGUUUCAUGUCAUUCAAAAGACAAGGAGAUUCGAGGUUUAUUGCUGGCAAACUUCCAGCUGUUUUCCUUGGUUCUCGGUGUCCUUGUUGCGGUUGUGGUAGCUUAUGGCUAUGCUGCUUCUAAAUUUGGCCAUUCCAGUGUUAGGAGCUUGUACACAGUUCAGGAUGAAUUGGAUCAAGAUUAAAACUAGGUGCGAUAUUGUUUUUUUUUUUUUUUUUUUUUUUUUUUUUUGGGUAUUCUAUUCAUUUUUCAGUUUUAAGGAAGCAUUUGGAUAUGUUGAGCCCUGAAACGUCGUUCUUUAAUUUGUAUCUCAUUUGAAUUUACAUAUACAUUUUAGAUAACUGAAAUCAUAUCAUACUUUACAUGCAUCAACUCCAUCAUUAUUGUCUGUAACUUUGUUGCUUUUGGAUGGAUAAUAUGUAACUUGCAAAUAGUACUGUUUAUGAAAUAUGAUAAACUCCUUGUAAUUAUGA